AUGUCUGCUGAUCAGCCCCUCCCCUUCAUGUACCAGUUCGCCGCAGGCGCCAUUGCUGGUGUCUCGGAGAUUCUGGUGAUGUACCCUCUUGACGUUGUCAAGACCCGAGUCCAACUGCAGACUGGUUCCGGCGCCACCGCUGAGUACAAUGGCAUGCUUGAUUGCUUCCGCAAGAUCAUCAAGCAGGAGGGUUUCUCCCGACUCUACCGUGGUAUCUCCGCCCCCAUCCUUAUGGAGGCUCCUAAGCGAGCUACCAAGUUCGCUGCCAACGAUGAAUGGGGCAAGGUCUACCGAAAGAUGUUUGGCAUGGAAAAGAUGAACCAGCCUCUUUCAGUCCUCACCGGUGCCACUGCUGGUGCCACCGAGUCUUUCGUCGUCGUUCCCUUUGAGCUCGUCAAGAUUCGUCUGCAAGACAAGGCCUCUGCUGGAAAGUACAACGGCAUGGUCGACUGUGUCGUAAAGACUGUCAAGAACGAGGGGCUUCUCACUCUUUACCAGGGUCUCGAGAGUACCCUAUGGCGCCACAUCCUCUGGAACGCUGGUUACUUCGGUUGCAUUUUCCAGGUCCGACAAAUGCUUCCCAAGGCUGAGACCAAGAAGGCUCAGAUCACCAACGAUCUCAUUUCUGGUGCCAUUGGUGGUACUUUCGGAACCAUGCUCAACACUCCUCUUGAUGUCGUCAAGAGCCGAAUCCAAAACACCCCCAAGGUCCCUGGCCUGGUCCCCAAGUACAACUGGGCUUUCCCUGCCGUCGGAACUGUGCUCAAGGAGGAGGGUUUCAGUGCUCUGUACAAGGGUUUCUUGCCCAAGGUUCUCCGUCUUGGUCCCGGAGGUGGUAUCCUCUUGGUCGUGUUCACAACUGUUAUGGAUACCUUCCGCAGCUGGCACUACCCUGUUACCAGUGCCCUUAAGAACUAG